AUGCAGUCCUUCUUUGUCCUCAGUCUCCUGCCUCUCCUGGCACUGGCAGCGCCCAGCCCAGCUGAACUUGGCCUCGAGAAGCGAUCCAUCACCUGCCUCAAAGUCGGCGCCACCGCGACGGCGACCUGGACAAACAGCGCUGGAAAGACGUGCAAAUGGACGGGUGUCGUGGGCAGCAACUUUGGUACCAACAGCGUCAACAGUGGAGAUUACUCUUGCAACGGUCGCUGCGGUGCCGGAUGCACCGGUGCUGCUCUGGGCAAUGCCUACACGCAGGAUUGCUUCUCGCACGAUAUCUGCUCGUGGUUCAACAAUGCUAGCGGUGGUUCAAGCGACGCCAACUGUGGUGCUGCUUACGAUGCCGCUGUCGAUGACACCGUUGGUGGAGUCUUGGCUGGAUGCGGACAGACGAACCCGUCGAACUCGGCUGCGGCGCCAACUACUUCUCCUAGUUGCUCAUAA